UUCACGGAGUAUACGACAUAUGAGAGAAGCUCGAAACAAAUGACUGUGAAUGAAAAGCCCUAUACCAAUCACAUAAAGAAAACGCGCGGAUUUGAAUUAAUAUUUGUUUUUUGAGUAGGGAGAAUUUUACACUUCCACUUGGAUUGGAAAUUGAAUGGUGAUAAACAUUAAAACAUUUCUAUUCUAGACAGUACAGGUGCAGUACAACUUUCAAGAGAUUUCUAGUUUUAUUAUAUCUGUUUGAAAAUGGUUGAAUCUUGCAGUAGGUGUAAUAGACACAAGAAAAAGUUUCACAGGAUUCCUAUGGACCCUAACCGGAGAAAAUUGUGGUUGUAUGCAAUAAGAAGAGUGAAUUUUAUUCCUAGUAAAACAUCCGUAAUUUGUGAAAAACAUUUCACUUCUGAGGAUUAUGAAGUUAAUGUCCAUAGAAAUAGGAUGCUAAAAAAGUCAGGUGUUCCAUUUGUGUUUGAUUUUCCUGCCCAUCUCAAGAAAGAACCUAAACAAGGAAGAAUUUUAACCAGAAAACAUAAAGAAUUAAGAAUUAAACAUGAGAAAAUACAUAUCAUAUUCCAUGCAUGUCACAUGAUUAAACUGGUGCGCAAUGCUCUAGGUAACUAUGGAGACCUAAGAUAUAGUGGAGGGAAUGCCAUUAAACGGGAAUAUUUUAAACAGAUGGUUAACCUUCAAGAAGAUAAAGGUAUACAUUGUGCGACCAAACUUGGAGGAGACACUUAAAUUAUUACAAAGAAAAAAUGAGGGUUAAGUUCAAGUGUGAGUGACACCUUAGAGCAUUUUGUAAAAGACUUAAAUAUACCAGCUUUCCAAUAUGUAAAAGCCACUGCAACCUUUUGCAGAAACAAUAAUGUGUUUGAUUUUUUGAACAUACGAAACUUUUUUGGCAGCACCCAGUUAAAAAGCCAUUGUAUAAGAGUA